GGUUAGCUUUCACUAUUAGCAGAGUAACAGGCAGGGCAGUUAAGGUGAGAAGAAGAGGAGGAAGAAGUCUGAUUGGUGAUGAUAGUAAAUUGCUUAAGAGGAUUUUGGCAUUAUAAAUAGUCAUAUCAAGUUUGAGUUGUUAAAUGAGAUAGCCACUGGGAAAACAAGUACUAGAAAAACCAUGCCUGCUUUAGUGCUAACAAGGACCCUCUUGUUAAUUGGGGAUUCGUUAGCUUUCAGAAAAGUUACACAGUUUACACGGAUAGCUCCAUCUCAAGGCAAUGUUCGCUUUUUAAGUAGCAGUGGAUCCCUCACUCUAGCUAGCCUUGGAUUGAAGAGUGAAGUUAAGACAGUAAGUGCAAAUGAGAAAAAUAAGCUCCAGCAGGGAAUUUCAACAAUUGAGGUCCCCAAGAGUAGAGAGAAGAAAAGAGUUAGUGGCAAUAAACAAGGAUUGGUUAAGGAGAAAAAUCCAGUAGAUAUAAUGACCGCACCAUUUGCUGUGAAGUCAUUUUCAGAACUUGGCAUUCCACCUUUGUUGGUCGAAAGACUAGAGAAGGAAGGCUUUACGAUUCCGACUGAUGUUCAAGCUGCUGCAGUUCCAACUGUUCUUAAAAAUCAUGAUGUUGUGAUCCAGUCCUACACAGGUUCAGGAAAAACAUUAGCUUAUCUCCUUCCCAUACUGUCUCGAGUUGGUCCGUUGAAGGAAGAACUUUCAGAUGGCUAUGAAACUGGGAAAAAAAUAGACAUCGAAGCAGUUAUUGUAGCUCCUUCGAGGGAACUUGGCAUGCAGAUUGUCAGGGAAGUUGAAAAGCUGUUAGGACCAGCGAAUAAGAAACUAGUCCAGCAGCUUGUAGGGGGUGCAAACCGAUCUAGACAGGAGGAUGCUCUGAAGAAGAACAAGCCUGCCAUUGUAGUGGGGACACCUGGGCGGAUAGCAGAGAUUAGUGCAGCUGGAAAGCUUCCUACCCAUGGUUGUCGUUACUUGGUAUUGGAUGAAAUUGAUCAACUCCUUGCAUUCACUUUCCGGGAGGACAUGAAGCGUAUAUUAGACCAUGUGGGGAGAAGACCUGGUGCACGCGGAGGAGAGUCAAAUAGUCCACUUGUCAAGCGUGCUGCACGUCAGACUAUCAUGGUGUCUGCAACAGUGCCUUUUUCAGUUAUAAGAGCAGCAAGAAGUUGGGGUUGUGAUCCACUUCUCAUCCAAGCCAAUAAAGUUGUUCCACUCGAGUCUGUCACUCCUGCUGGAUCUGUUAAUAUACCGGGAACACCUUCUACUACUGAUUCAAGCUCAAAUGUACAACCUCUGCCUGACGUUCAGAGCUUACCCCCUAAUUUGCAGCAUUAUUACACUAUUACUAGGAUACAGCACAAAGUUGAUAUGUUAAGAAGGUGUGUGCAUGCUCUGGAUGCCAAAUGUGUAAUUGCUUUUAUGAACCACACAAAACAACUGAAAGAUGCCGUCUUUAAACUAGAAGCUCGUGGUAUGAAUGCUGCAGAAUUACAUGAGGCCCGUCCGACGGCUGUGUGGCCAUUCCGGUGGAACUGGCCAUCAAAAUCGCCCAGUUGA